AUGGAUCUAGCCGGUGGUAAUAGAAAUAGCGAUCAAAAUAGCAUCGCUAAAAUAAGGAGACAGUCAUCUAAUUCAAAUGAAAUAGGAAGAAACUCAGUGUUGUCCAAUUCAAACGAAAUUGGAGCAAAUCCACCUAAAAAAAUAUUUCGUAUAUGUUCUGAAGAAGAAAAUUCGUAUGCUGAAAUAUUUGAAAAUAAGCCGACAACAAUAAAAAAUCUAAUCGAUUAUAAGGUGUAUCGAUUACGAUAUCCCCGUCGAAAAAAUUGGCCUCAGAAAGCUACAAAUGUCGCAUUUAAGCGAGAUACUGAUGAUCUCCCUCCGCGCGAAUACGAACUGUUUCGCGAUUUUCCUCGUUCGAUUACUGAAACUGAACAAAAACGAGAAUUCUUCCAAAGUUGUCAGCUUAAAGGAGAGUCAAUCCAGAAAACUACGCGAAAUUGGAUUAUAGUUGAUUCGAUCUUUGAUCUCUUGAAUGAAAAUGUUUUUAAAUUAAAGAAUGAGGCGAGUUCAUGUCCCGGAACCGUCCUUACAAGAGCGGCAUUUCCUCCAAUUAAUUUUAAGCUGUUCUAUGAUGCUCUUAUUCAAGUUAAAAUUCAAGUAGCUGGUCUUUACGUUUUUAUUGCUGUUGGACACGACUGGUCUGCUAUUCCAACAGAAUGUCCCGGACCUACUGUGUUUACAACAUUUAUUUAUAAUUUUGCCGUUCGUUUUAUCUUAAAUAUUAUCUCAUUAGACAACUCAAUUAUAGCUCCUUGA